GUAUGAGUGUGCAUUAGAGACAAAGAGAGAGUCAGAGAAACGACAACCAGGUCUGCUUCAACUCUUUCGGUUGAAUAAGCAGGCAUCUUCUUGUGAUUUAUUUCUUCUGGAGACUUUUACAUAUUUGAACCCCACAACAGAAAGAUCUGGACACAGCAAACACAGGAGAGGGUUGGGUGUAGAAGAUGCAUAGCUUGGGGGUUCAGGCCGCGCUUGUCGCCCUUCUCAUGUCCGCAGUCAUCGUGAAAGCUGAAGAAGGAGGUGUAGAGUUUUGGAGAGAAACGGUCACGCUGAUCUGUCCAGAGGAGGGAAACUGGUACGACAACAACAAUAAAGUGUUUAAUGGUACAAGAACAUAUACAUUCAAGUUUGAGCGGCAAAGCCAGAUGUACUGUGAAUACGAUGGCCCAAUCAGGAGGAUGAAAUAUUCCUUCUAUGUGAAAGGAAGGACCUGUGAGAACUGCUUUGAGUUGGAUGCUUUUAUAAUGGGAACUGCCAUCGUUGUGGAUUUGAUGGUAACAGUAGCUGUGAUGACGAUGGUCUACAGAUGCACCAAGAAGAAGGGCUCAGAUCGACCCACUCAGACCUCCAAACGUCCUCCAGCACCUGCUCGACCAGGAGACCGCGGCACCACGACCACGUCUGGAGAAGGUGGAUAUGAGCCGCUCAACCCUCACACGCGUUCCCAGGAUCCCUACUCCACAGUCAACCGGAUGGGAUAGAGCCAGGUCGUCUUGAUGCGCCACAUCGUUGGCCGAACGCCGCGGCGGUGAGGACGAGUGUUCACCAGAGACAUACAAGAACAUCAGCCGUCGUCCCUCCAAUGCAAACAUGCAAACUAUGGUCAUGUGUUUUGGAUUUGACCCAUCACCUGACUCAAAUUAAACCUGCAUCCCAUUUACUGCUGGCACUAAUGUUGGCCGCUGGUUAUGGAGCAUUUAGGGGACUAUUGCAUAUUACUUCUGCAUGUUACUGUCCUUCAGCUAAGACUUUAAAACAAGCUAUCACCUUUUUUU